CUGGACAUGAUCAACCAUGGCUCUUCUCUUCAUCGUCUCCUGCCUCGCCUUCAUCAGCGCCACCUACGGCUGCGGCUCUCCCGCCAUCCGUCCAGUGGUGACGGGUUAUUCUCGCAUUGUGAACGGCGAGGAGGCGGUGCCUCACUCCUGGCCCUGGCAGGUGUCCCUCCAGGACUACACUGGCUUCCACUUCUGUGGUGGUUCUCUGAUCAGUGAGAACUGGGUGGUGACGGCUGCUCACUGUAACGUCAGGACGUCCCACCGCGUCAUCCUCGGAGAACAUGACCGCUCCUCUAACAGUGAGGACGUGCAGGUCAUGAAUGUCGGCAGGGUGUUCAAACACCCCCGCUACAACGGCUACACCAUCAACAACGACAUCACCCUCAUUAAGCUGGCGAGCCCCGCCCAGCUGAAUAUGCGCACGUCCCCUGUGUGUCUCGCUGAGUCUGGAGACAACUUCCCCGGAGACAUGAAGUGUGUGACCAGUGGCUGGGGACUGACCCGCUACAACGCUCCUGACACCCCCGCCCUCCUGCAGCAGGCCUCUCUCCCUCUGCUUGAAAACUCUAAGUGUCGUCAGUUCUGGGGAAACAAAAUCAGUGACCUGAUGAUCUGUGCCGGUGCCUCUGGCGCCUCCUCCUGCAUGGGUGACUCUGGUGGUCCUCUGGUCUGUGAGAAGGCCGGUGCCUGGACUCUGGUUGGUAUUGUGUCAUGGGGCAGUGGAACCUGUACUCCGUCCAUGCCUGGCGUGUACGCCCGCGUCACAGAGCUGCGCGCCUGGGCCGACCAGACCAUCGCUGCCAACUAAGCAUGUAUGAUCAUUAAUAAAUCAACAACUAAAAGAAAA